AUGGGUGGUGAUGCUAAACAUGAUACCAGUGCAUCAGGCGGUCAAGUUAAAUCGAACAAAAUGGGCCUGUUGGGUGCCAUAAGCUAUAUUAUUGGCAAUAUCGUUGGUGCUGGUCUUUUCGUCACACCAACUUCGGUACUCGAGCAAGUCGACACGCAACCCUCGAAUGAGGAAGCCACCGUCCAGCUGCUAGGAUGCGGCCGCGACUGUUACUGUAAUUCGGCUCGCUCGGCUCGGCUCGGCCAGGUUUAUGUACGAAUCGCGAAAACUGUUGUUGCUGAUGGAAGGAGAUGUUACCUCGAGAGCUGGGUAACGUGUGAUUAG